AUGGCAUCUGCAGCAGCUUUGACAGCUUCUGCUGCAUUGAAAUCUCGAGUUAGGAGACCAUCUUUGCUUAAGAAGCUUGCUCACCCUCAAGAUCUGAUCCCAUUAUUCCCCAAUGGAUCUUACAUUGGGUGGUCUGGGUUCACGGGUGUUGGAUAUCCUAAGAAGAUCCCAACAAUGCUCGCAGAUCACGUAGAGAAGAACAACUUACAGGGCAAGCUCAAGUACUCCCUUUUCGUAGGUGCAAGUUCCGGAGCGGAAACGGAAAAUCGAUGGGCAGAAUUGAAUAUGAUCGAACGACGAAGCCCUCAUCAAGUCGGAAAGGCUAUUGCAAAGGGCAUCAACAAUGGCAACAUCAAUUUCUUCGACAAACAUCUGUCCAUGUUUCCUGUAGAUUUGGUUUAUGGAUUUUACACAAAAGAUCGACCCAACAAAAAGCUGGAUGUGGUUAUUGUUGAAGCUACAGCUAUUACCGAAGAUGGCGGUAUUAUUCCUGGAGCUUCCGUUGGAGCAUCACCAGAAUUGAUUCAAAUGGCGGACAAGAUCAUUGUUGAAGUCAACACCUCUAUGCCUUCUUUUGAGGGACUCCACGAUAUCACCAUGACCGAGCUUCCACCAAAGCGGAAACCAUACUUGAUCAUGGCACCAGAGGACCGUAUUGGAACAACCGCAAUCCCUGUUGACAGCGAGAAGAUUGUUGCCAUCGUCGAAUCUGAUUAUCAAGAUCAAACUGUACCAAAUGCGCCGGAAGAUGCUACGUCGCGUGCAAUUGCUGCUCAUUUGAUUGAAUUCCUUGAGCACGAAGUGAAGCAUGACCGACUUCCCAAGAACCUGCUCCCAAUUCAGUCCGGUAUUGGAAACAUUGCCAAUGCUGUCAUUGGUGGUCUAGCCGAGUCUAACUUCAGGAAUCUCAAAGUCUGGACAGAGGUGCUUCAAGAUACCUUCCUUGACCUCUUCGAUUCUGGACGUUUAGACUUUGCAACCGCAACCUCUAUUCGUUUCUCCCCAGAUGGUUUCAAGCGCUUCUACGAUGGAUGGGAGCAAUACUUCGACAAACUUUUGCUUCGCUCACAGCAAGUCUCUAACUCCCCUGAGAUCAUCAGAAGAUUGGGAGUUAUCGGAAUGAACACACCAGUUGAGGUCGAUAUCUACGCACAUGCAAACAGCACAAAUGUUAUGGGCUCUCGCAUGUUGAACGGCCUCGGUGGUUCAGCUGAUUUCCUCCGUUCUUCCAAAUACAGUAUCAUGCACACACCAUCUACUAGGCCAUCCAAGACUGAUGCUCACGGUGUUUCUUGCAUCGUUCCUAUGUGCACACACGUCGAUCAAACCGAGCAUGAUUUGGAUGUUGUCGUUACUGAACAAGGACUCGCUGAUGUCCGAGGAUUGAGUCCAAAAGAGCGAGCCAAGGUCAUCAUUGAAAAGUGCUCUCAUCCAGAUUAUAAGCCAAUCUUGGAAGACUACUUCAGAAAGGCCGAGUUCGAGUGUAUGAGAAGAGGCUGGGGUCACGAGCCCCAUCUGUUGUGGAAUAGCUUCGACAUGCACAAGGCAUUCGAUCAAGAGGGAAGCAUGAAGGCACUUAAGACUUGGGGUUAG